UGGCUACCAUUGAGGGCAGUUCUGAUUAGAAAGUAUCGAAAAUGGUCAAAACUCGACACAGUGGUGGCCUCGAGCCGGAAGAUGAAGUUGAAUUCCUGUCUCUUAGACAGAGACGAACUCGCAGAUCUGACCAAUAUUCAAAUCCAAUCAAUGAGAGACCUUCCAAAGAUCUGAGCAUCAGAGGAAGAGGAAGGCCAAAAAAACAUAAUGAUGAUGACACUAGACCAUCACAGAAUAUAAGGUGCAGUUCGCGUCAAAAAACAGGAAAGACAGAAGGACAUCUGUACAUGAAUGGUGAUGCUGACUGUGUGAGACGAAGUAGUCGACGGAGAAAGGCUAUAUACAGUACAUACAAUACUAGUUUACUAGGUAAUGUCAUAAGUGGUGAUCUGGAUAUGAACUUCAGGAACUCUGAUCGAGAGGAUGAGUCUCGCGAACAACACAAGGAUACGGAGGAGGAGGAGGAGGAGGAGGAGGAUGUUGGUGGAGAGGAUAAUAAUGAUGUUGAGAAUGGAGAUACAGACUCGGGAGACAGCUCAUUGAGUGAGUUUGAACUCAAAACACGAGAACAGGAAAAGAGGCGAAGGGAAGAGGAGCAGGAAUAUCUUGGAUUAGACCUGUAUACCAGGGUAAAGAGACCCCGUCCACCUCCCAAAGAAAGAAACGAGUAUGGUGUUCCAAUUAAGACUAGAGAUGAUUCUGAUUCUGAUUCCGAUUCGGAAUCAGACUCUGAAGAUGAAACGUCUUCAUCUGACACUGAUGGUUUAGGAAACCAGAGGAGACGAACAUAUUUUUUACGUGAGAAAAAGCGAGCUCCUCAGAGAUUUGCUGUGGAGCAUGAAGGUCCCAUUAGGAAGCCAAAAAAGUGUACUUUGUUUGAUUCACCGUCACGGCGCCAUAGAAAUCAUUAUCAAGGAUCUCUCACGCCUAUCAGGAGCCCUUUCAGAAGAAGACGUCAUGCAACACAUAACAGCUCGUCAACAAGCUCAUCAGAUUCCGGUGAUGACGAACGAAGAUUUGAACGUAGAAAAUCUAAGAGUAUGUCGAGGAACAGGCUGAGAUGUCUGCCUAUGAACCUAUUACCAGAAGAUAUUGCAGCAAGUGGGCCACUGAAAGACCGUACUAGAAUUGGAACAAGUCUAGCAGACAUAGAUCCUAUGAAUAUUGAUAGAUCAGUCACCUUUGAGGGUGUCGGAGGUCUGGUUAGGCACAUCCUGGCACUAAAAGAGAUGGUUGUGUUUCCGUUGCUUUAUCCAGAAGUGUUUGAAAAAUUCAAAAUAGCGCCACCGAGAGGUGUUCUUUUUCAUGGGCCUCCUGGAACAGGAAAGACCCUAGUGGCAAGAGCUUUAGCUAAUGAAUGCAGUCAAGGUGAAAAGAGAGUUGCCUUCUUCAUGAGAAAAGGUGCAGAUUGCCUUAGUAAAUGGGUUGGAGAAUCCGAAAGACAGCUAAGAUUACUCUUUGAUCAGGCCUACACAAUGCGUCCUGCUAUCAUAUUCUUUGAUGAGAUUGAUGGACUAGCACCUGUGCGGUCUAGUCGUCAAGACCAGAUUCAUAGUUCUAUUGUGUCCACGUUGUUAGCUUUAAUGGACGGUUUGGAUAACCGAGGUGAGAUUGUGGUUAUUGGUGCCACAAAUAGGAUAGACUCUAUUGAUCCUGCCUUAAGACGACCAGGUAGAUUUGACAGGGAGUUCUUAUUCCCUUUGCCUUCUGCUGAGGCAAGGUAUAGUAUUUUGAAGAUUCAUACAAAAGACUGGGAACCUAAAUUGUCAGAAUCAUUCCUACAAGAGGUUGCUGAGAUGUGUGUGGGAUAUGCUGGUGCUGACAUUAAAGCGUUAUGCACAGAGGCUGCCUUGUUGGCUCUCAGGCGACGAUAUCCACAGAUAUAUACAUCAACUCAAAAACUGCAGCUCGACUUAGACUCUAUUCAACUCAUAGCCAGAGAUUUUUAUCAAGCUAUGCAGAACAUUGUUCCUUCAUCGCAGAGGUCUGUGACUUCACCAGGGCGUGCCUUGUCCUUGGUCAUUCAACCACUUCUUCAGUACACGUAUAAAAUGGCAUUGGAGACAUUAACCAAGUUGUUUCCAGCUUCAAGUUCAAACUGUGAUGAAAAAGGUUUGUAAAAAUUACUGUUACUAUAAAAUAAUAGUAUUGUAGAAAUUAUUUGCCAAUUUUUUAUCCGACAUCAAUCUUUUGACGUCGUCCCUUACGCUUACUUACAUCUUUUUUCCCCCACCAGCUCUGCAUGCCAGUUUUCUUCAAUGCAUCGACCUCGAUUACUGAUAGCUGGGGAGCCUGGUCUGGGUCAAAGUUCACAUCUAGCACCAGCUAUACUACAUCACCUGGAAAGGUUCCAUGUGCAUUGUUUAGAUUUGCCGGCGCUGUACUCUGUGAAUGUUACCUCUCCAGAAGAAUCAUGUGUUCAAGUGUUCCGUGAAGCAAGAGGUGCUACACCGUCUAUUAUAUACAUGCCUCAUAUCGGGCAGUGGUGGAAUAUUGUAAGUGAUACACUCAGGGCUACUUUCUUAACGUUAUUACAAGACCUACCUCCUUCAUUGUCAAUACUACUAUUAGCUACAAGUGAACAACUACAUAUGCAUCUUGACACUCAGUUACAGCAGUUAUUUAAUCCGGUCGGAGGUGAAGUGCUUCAUAUAAGAUCUCCGACAACUGAAGAAAGACAGGAAUUUUUUGAAGAUUUGAUAAUACAUCAAGCAUCCAAAGCUCCACGAAGAAGGAAACAUGCAGCUGCCAGAUUAUUAGAAGAGCUUCCUGUGGCACAGGCGCCGGAACCAAGACAGUUAACGGAAGAAGAAAUCAAAAAACUUGAACAACAAGAGGAAGUGACAAUGAGAGAAUUGAGACUCUUCCUGAGAAGUAUUCUAACAAGACUUGCAUCUGAUAAGAAGUUUAAGUUAUUUAUCAGACCUGUUGAUUUGGAAGAGGUGCCAGAUUACCUGGAUGUCAUUUCCAAUCCAAUGGAUAUGUCAACAAUGAUGAAGAAGAUAGAUUUACACCAAUAUUGUAAUAUCAAAGAAUUCCUUGCUGAUAUAGACUUGAUUUGUGCUAAUGCACUAGAAUACAAUCCAGAUAGAGAUCCUUCAGACAAAGUGAUUCGUCACCGUGCCUGUGAAAUGAAAGAUAUUGCCCACGCUAUUGUUGACAGUGAUUUCAAUCCAGAGUUUGGCAAAUUGUGUCUUGAUAUCGAAGAGUCUAGAAAGAGAAGAGGUGAAACACAGUCAAGGAGUGCUCCACAAUUCUAUCAUGUCAAGCCUCUAGAAAAACCUGUAACUGCUUCUACCUCAAAUGCAUCGUCAUCAAAAAGAGCACGAAGUAUAGAAUCCAAUCCUGAGAAUACCGAGGGAGAUUCUACUGCAAAUUUGUUUUCUGACUCUACUCCUAAACGCCGUAAACGCAAGCGGCGUGGUUGUAGAUGGUCAAAAGGUUUACUUUCAAAACCAAGGACAAAACCAAAAGUGUCUCUCCAAGAUAAAACUGACUGUGUUGAGAAAAGUAGUGAGAAGGAUAAUUCAACCAAUGAGGAUAUUAGGGUUAGUGACUGCGAAAGUGGGCCGGUUUUACGCUCUGAACUUUCAGAAAAUGAUAUGCCUGUGGAAGUUGAGAGUAGCGAAGAUAGAGCCGAGAAUAGUUGUGAUUCUAACAUUGAUACUCCAUUUUGUAAGAGUACUCCUUCAAGUCAGAGGAAAGUAAGGAUUCAGCAUCGACCUAUGAUAGAGGAAAGUGAAACAUCACACGCUGAAGAAAAGUCGCCUUUGAAAGAUAAACAGGAGGCACAUAAGAGUCGAAACUCUUCCACUAUAAUACUGAGUCUAACUAAAGACAUUGAUGACGAAAAUGAGAGCCACAAUGGAGAAGAGAAUAACAGUGACAAAGAGACAAAUAAAAAACAGGAAACUUUACCUAUUAGAAGGCUUACCAGGCGUAAAGCUGCUGACACACAAACACAAAAAGCAAUAGAAAUACUACAAGAACCUGAACCACCACUUAUAGUGGACAAAGGGAGACUGAAGAAUCUUUUAGAUUACACAGUGGAAGUGUCCGAGCAUUUCAAUAUAGAAACUUUAGAAAAAUUGCAUUCCACAUUAAGUCAAUGUAUAUACUGUCAUCGCAACGACUAUAAUAAGACACAGCUAAUUCAGGAAAUGGAAGCUAAAGUUAAAGCAUACAGCGAACAUUGAGUGUGUCACUGCAUCUUCCUGACCAGAAGUAGUCAACAAACUUGCAUCAAGAAGUCUUGCUAAGAUCAAGAACAUGCAUUCUGCAUCUCAAACACGAUUCAGGUCAUCCUGCAUCCUGUGAAUACUCUAAGUAGAACUAUUACUUAAUAGAGCUUAUAUCACAGAAAUUAGGUAACAUUUCCACAUUAAUUGGCAAGGGC